AAUGACAACUCAAAAACGUUCGUCAUUGAUGACUCUGGUAGAUACAAGCGUAUCCACCAAGGUCACAUGAGAAAACAUACCACACUUGACGCAAUGGUCUUACCACGCGAGUUGUGGCAUGUUAUUCGCGCAACACAUCCUAAACAAGACGCUCUCGCUAGCAGUCCAACCCUACCGGACGCAGCAGAAGCUGUCAAGGAUAAAGAAAUUGCUUCACAGUUUGAACUUGCUAAAGUCUCUGUCAAGCAAUUGCCUGCUGAUCCUGCCAAGGACGCAGCAAAUAACGACGACAGCAACGGCCAAGGAAUCUCAAUUCCAGUCGUUCCUGUAGCAAAAGACAAUACUUCGCCCGCAGCUACUAAGCUGGAUAUAAUCUAUUAUAAUCCAGAUAGUCUAAGAAAGCUAGUAACAGAGCGAAUUCCCCAUCUCUCUCUGUUAUUAAAGCACUCGCCCGACGUUCUCGCAUUUGGUGAAACCCGCAUGGCCACCAAAGCAGAACCAAAAGUCAAACAAGCUUUAGCACAGCUCGCGCCUGAGUAUGAGAUAACACUCAAUACCAACAAACGCGAUGGAUUCGCCUCUACAGCCGCACUGGUUAAGGAGGGCCUAGGCAUUCGCGUAGAGCGUACCGCUCUAAGUAACGGACGAGGUAUGUUGGUACAUCAUCCCAAGUGUCCCAUUCCGAUUCUCAUCGUCUACGCGUGCUUUCGCGAAGACGUGCAAAGAACACAGUCGUGGGACCAAGAACUUCAUAAGUACUUGUCAGCACAGACGGCAGUACCUAUGAUUAUGGGAGAUUUAAACUACUGCCCAUCAUCUCUGGACUUCGAGCCAGAACGUUUUAAGGCAGCCAUUCCUGGAGUAAGAGAAACUGACCAAGAAGCUUGCGUAACUCUUCUUACCAAGUUCCAGCUAAUGGACGCUUACAGAAACUUAAGACCCAACGGAAAAGACUACACAUGUAUCACCUGGGGACACAAGUACCCAGAUGCUACUGGAAAAGGCAUGCGCAUUGAUCAUGUCUUUUAUCCACAAGCACACGCUGGAUUAGUCACAAGUUUCCACGUUCUAAAGAAUGUUCGACGCGCAUGUGGUGACCAUUAUCCAAUUGGAAUCACAUUCAAGCAAUUGGAGGGGAUUCCAAUUAAUUCUACCCCUCAAGCAAAUCUAGAUGCAAAACUGCCUGCAAUAGCCGACGGCACUGACAUCCCUACGCAGUCACAUCUGACCAAUGUGUCCACUGGGUUAGUAGGGGAUCCGGUCAGUCCUUCUACUAAUGUCAAUGCUAGGUUAGGUAAUCUAGAUUCUGCUACAACAGAAAAAGAAAAAGAAGAAAAUAAAGGGCCCAGGAUCAAAAUAAAGCUUACUAAAACAGAACUUGAUAGACUCUAUCAAGAGUUUCAAGAAGAAGCGCGCAAGAUCCUAAAAGAACUAAGACAACAACAAAAAGGAAAGCGUCUCCACUGGAGAGAACGCAAAGAAGGGGUUAGACAGAUUCGAGGUCUAUUCAAAGAGCAUCCAAAGUAUGAACACCUUAAGCCAGCGCAGGCAGAAGCCGCUGCUGCGAAAGUGUUGCAUAGACUCGAGAUGGAACCAAAUCCACUCGAUGAAGAGUUAGAACUUCUUUUGGCAGUCUGUGAAUUCGUCGAACUCGACGAUGAUGAGACGCCGCUAGUGCUUCUCACUACAGAAGGAAAAAGUCCAAACUCGCAACAGCAGGACAAGUACGACACUCCAGAAUGGAGAAAGGCUAUCCAAAAAGAACUCAACGCGCACAAGCAUGCGUUCAGAAAAGCUACAGAACAGGAAGUCGCUGAAUAUCCAUACAAGCGCAUACCUUGCAGGCUAUUACUGUCGGUAAAGCGUGAUGGACGCCACAAGGCACGCGUGGCAUGUAUGGGAUUCUUAGCACCUAAGACCCAUCUAUCCACGUAUGCCGCGGUAACAGAUAUCAGCAUAGUAAGGCUUAUGAUUGCGCUCGUAGUACUAUCUCGAGGGAGAAUCAAAAUUAAGUCUGCUGACGCAACUUCGGCAUUCUUACAAUCUCCAUACCCUGAGCACGUUCUAAUCGAACUUGACUCCAGGUUGCAAUCUGUCUUACACUAUUCCGUAGGAAAAGUUCUGUACUCCAUGAACGGGCUAAAGCUAUCUCCCGCUGCAUGGGCCAAGUACAGAAACGAAGUACUUGUCAGUAUAGGUUGGCAACAGUGUGCUAUAGAGCCUACUCUUUGGCACUUGUCCAAUGUCAUCCUUAUAAUCUUCGUCGAUAACUUUUAUUUUUUCGGCGACGAAGAAUCUUUUGCUAAAGUCUAUCCUGAAGUGGCUCACAGACUCGACCUUGUCGAAGAACCACCUCAAGAAACGGCUACUGAGUUAAUUUAUGAUGUCUUGAGCAUUCAAGUGCGUCUUAAUAAACUCACAUGGUCCGCUAUCCUCGAUCAAACUCAAUACACGCAGAAACUGCUCAAGCGAUUUGGAGGGGAAGAUGGCAAGUAUGUUCCUACUCCAAUUGAAAUCGCUCCAGCAGCUUCUAAAGUACCUCUUGAACCCGACGCACUAGCAGCAUUCAACAAAGAAAGAAUGUCUCUGCUAGGCAGUUUGCAAUAUCCUUGCACUGCUACAAGACCAGACUUAUGCGUCGCGUUGAAAGUACUUGCUACUUCGGAUAUCAACGAGAACACAAUCCAAGGAUUGAGGCGAGUAGUCCGCUACUUGCGUACACAACGCGUUCUCCACUACGUCGCACCUGACUCCUUCACAGGUGAACUCAUCGUAGAAGUUUCCACUGAUUCAGAUUGGGCAUCGCUACAGAGCCUCACUGAAUGGAGAAGCAAUUCAGGCAUCUUGGUAGAGUUGUGUGGAAUUGCUAUCCAGUGGAAAUGUAGAACUCAAGAUACAGUCGCUACUUCUGUGUCUGAAGCUGAGUUAUACGGGAUGAGUGAAGGAGCUAAAAUGGGUCUAGUUUACAGAAACCUACUCUCUGUAACGCCAUUAAAAGAGUUUCUAAUGCGUUUUGGGUUCUCUCUGCAAAGAACCCUGAAACAGUUCGGGGACAAUCAGGGCGCCAUAAAACAUGCUACAGGCAAUCAGCCAGUUGCUCGCCUGAAGCAUAUAGUUAUACGUAGUGCGUAUAUCAAAGAGCUGACCAAUACGGGAGAAGUGCAAGCCUUCUUCCUUGAAUCUGCUAAAAAUCGAAGUAACGUCUUAAGUAAAAUCUGUCGUGGUAUUGAGUUUAAACGUGGACUAUUACAAUUAAAACUCCUCCAGGUUGAAGCUAUCGAUGCGGAAGCCGAAUAA